CUUGUGGAUGUGACCUGGCUCAAGGAGGAUUUUUUGUGAGACAGGGAGACUACAUCUGUACUUUGGACUACCAGAGACUCUAUGGCACACGGUGCUUCAGUUGUGAUGAAUUCAUCGAGGGAGAAGUGGUCUCAGCACUGGGCAAAACCUAUCACCCAGACUGUUUUGUGUGUGCUGUCUGCAGGCUGCCUUUCCCCGCGGGUGACCGGGUAACUUUUAAUGGGAAGGAGUGCAUCUGCCAGAAAUGUUCCCUGCCCCCUUCCAGCAGCACAGGCUCUUUCCCGGUACAGAACCUGCGGAACUGUGGGGGCUGUGGUUCAGAAAUAAAAAAUGGGCAGUCUUUGGUUGCCUUGGACAAACACUGGCAUUUGGGCUGUUUUAAGUGCAAUACCUGUGGCAAGCUGCUGAAUGCAGAGUACAUCAGCAAGGAUGAUGUUCCAUACUGUGAAACAGACUAUCAUGCAAAGUUUGGUAUCAGAUGUGACAACUGUGAAAAGUAUAUCACAGGAAGAGUGCUCGAGGCAGGAGAAAAACAUUAUCACCCAACGUGCGCACGAUGUGUCAGGUGCAGUCAGAUGUUUGCAGAAGGAGAAGAAAUGUAUCUUCAAGGUACAUCCAUUUGGCAUCCAGUUUGUAGACAGGCUGCAAAAGCUGAAGAAAAAAACAAGGAAACAAGGACUUCCUCUGAGAGUAUUAUUUCUGUACCUGCAUCAAGUACAUCAGGUUCCCCAAGCCGUGUGAUCUAUGCAAAGCUUGGAGAUGAAAUUCUUGACUACAGGGAUUUGGCUGCUCUUCCUAAAAAUAAAGCCAUCUAUAACAUUGACCGCCCAGAUAUGAUCUCCUAUUCUCCAUAUAUCAGUUACUCUUCAGAUGACAGGCAUAGUUACGGGGAGUCACCUCAGUUGCUCUCUCCAACACCUACUGAG